AUGCGUUGUGCUGCUGGCCAGCGACAGGGUGAACGACCGAGCGAGCCAGAGGCGCGGCAGAAGGAGAGGCGGGCGACACUGGACUCACGUCGCAGAGACGAGUGCACGACGAUGGCUUGGCGCAACAUUUGUCGACUGGAUGAAAAGGGCGGACCACAAGACUCACGCCACCAGGUGUCGCAGAAACGACCACCAGCUGGGGCAACCAAGCAACUGAGCAAGGGGCCAGAGAGUGCCAACAACCAACUGCAUGAUCGUGACCUGGCGGGUCUAGUUUCAGCUAUACUCAAGGCGGAAGAAAGCAAGCGUUUCCCUCGGUUCGACACUGUAGCAAACGUUAGUUGUUGGGUUGAGAAGGCACGCUCCAGCGUGGAAAGACCGGACGACACGUAG